GUGGUCUUGGCGCACAACCCGCAACGUCAAAAGCAGCUGGGGCGAGCCCAAUCACAACGCUCGGAAUGCUGCAAACACAUCUCAGGUGAGCUAUUCCGUAGUCCCCAAUUUCCAUUUGUGGCAUGACAGAAUAAUGUUAACAAGGAGGUCAUCACAACUAUUGUUCUCCGGCCUGGCCCCUCCUCGUGGGAGAAUCCAGUGAAUCGCAGCGUGCGCGAAAACAAAGCAAGACCUUCAAUGCGUCCAAGAGCCGUUGCGUUUCCGUGGAAAAAGAUGGCAGCGGCCCAGCAGCGACGUCCAUCAGCAUCACCAUCCCCGGCACUGCGCAGCUCGGAGAGCGAGAGAGAGGAGGAAGAGAUUGAGUUCGACAGGAAAGCGGCAGGGAUCAUGAUCCCAGACCUUUUUACCCAGUUUCCGCCCGUCCGGGACCCGCUGGUCACGGCUACGUCCACGGUCCAGGACGAGACCAUCGAGGCGUGCCUCCCCUUCCUGAGCGGAGAGGACGAGAACCUCCAGUACAAUGAGCACGGCGUGCCGCGGCUCGACCGAGACCGGCACGUCAGGUUUCUGCACCAAUGUCUGAGAAGGUUGCCUGGCCGCUUCGUGGCCGCCGACGCCAGCAGGCCAUGGUUCCUGUACUGGUGCCUGUCGGCCCUGACCAUGCUCGGGGAGGACGUCGCGUCCUACAGGGAUGCCAUCGUGGCCACGGCGCGCUCGAUGCAGAAUGAUUCGGGCGGGUUCGGCGGCGGCGGCGGGCAGCUCUCUCACCUGGCGACGACCUACGCUGUCGUUCUGUCGCUUGCCUUGGUCGGAGGCCAGGAAGCAUACGAGGUCGUCGAUCGGAAGGCGAUGUGGAGGUGGCUCUGCAGUCUGAAGCAGCCAGAUGGCGGAUUCCAGGUUUGUCUCGGCGGCGAGGAGGACAUCAGGGGGGCAUAUUGCGCAGCGGUCAUCAUCACGCUACUGCGCCUCCCGCUGGAUCUCACGCCCGAGUCCCCUGCAUACACGGGAGACAGCAGCGUAAAUCUGUUUACCGGAGUCGCAGAUUACGUACAAAGAUGCCAAACAUAUGAAGGCGGCAUAUCGGGUCAGCCAAACGCCGAGGCCCACGGGGCAUACGCCUUCUGCGCGCUCGGUUGCCUCGCGCUGCUAGACCACCCGGGCCGUAGCAUUUCUAGCUACCUAGAUGUUCCACGACUGAUAGCCUGGCUGUCGGCUCGGCAGUACGCACCCGAGGGAGGCUUCUCCGGGCGCACCAACAAGCUGGUCGACGGUUGUUACAGCCACUGGGUCGGCGGGUGCUUUCCCCUAGUCGAGGCAUGUCUCAACAGCAGCAGCAGCAGCAGUGGGCCGAUGGCCGCAGGCGGCCCGGCCGCCACAAUCACCACCACCACCAUCACCGACAGGCAUAGGCCGCCGCCGGCAGAUGAGAGCUUAUUCAACCGGGAAGGCUUGAUCCGCUACAUUCUCUGCUGCUGUCAAGACCAGACCAAAAGGGGGGGAUUGCGCGAUAAACCGGGAAAGAUGUCAGACGCCUACCACUCCUGCUACGUCCUCUCGGGUCUCAGCUCCGCCCAGCACCAGUGGGAGCUAGACGAGCUUAACGACGACAACGACGGUGACGACGACAGCAACGAGCUCAAAAAGGAAGGAGCAGCAGAGGGGGCGAUGGAAGCGGCGUGGGCGGUCCUGCCCUACCUCGACGGUCCACAGGUCUUUGACAGCAAGGAUCGCGUGCGCCCGAUCCACCCGGUCUACGCCAUCCCGCAGCCGUGCGUAAGGGCAAUGAAGGAGUACUUUGAUAGGAAGCAGGGUUUCUAAAGGGACAAUACCGACGGUGGGACCUAGCUCAGGUGAGUCUAGUAGCUGGGUUGACAUGGUGAGGA